AUUGUAGUCCGAUAGGCCUACGUCCAGGCCUAUAUCUCUCACAAUUACCGAAAACCCCAACUCGAUACUGUAAUCUAACCCUCUCAAGCAAAUGGACAUAGCUCUCUUCUCUCCGUCGUCACUCUUCGCCGGCGACACCGACUCCGACUCCGUUACUGAUAAGGAAAUAAAGGAAAACCUAGAAGACUAUGUGGAGAGAAGACACAAUUUUCCAGGAAUGGAGUUGCUCAUUCGAGAGUUUUCUUUUCAUCAGUUAAAUGCUAAUUUACUAUGGCCUGGAACAUUUUCAUUUGCUGAAUGGUUAGUUGAGCAUAGGUUAGAUAUAGAAGGUCGCCGUUGCAUUGAAUUGGGAAGUGGAACAGGAGCUUUGGCUAUUUUCCUUCGCAAAUCGUUUAAUCUUGAUAUCACAACAUCGGACUAUAAUGAUCAGGAAAUUGAAGAGAAUAUAGCUCAUAAUUGCAGGGUGAAUGAGAUCACGCCUGCCCUUCCUCAUAUAAAGCAUUCAUGGGGCGAUACCUUUCCAUCUGCUGAUCCUGAUUGGGACUUGGUUAUAGCUAGUGAUAUUUUGUUGUAUGUGAAACAGUACCCCAACUUGAUAAAAACUCUUUCAUUUCUCCUCAAAUCCUACAAGCCAGACAAAGCAGUUGCAGCUAGUGAACAGAAUGGAGGAACAUAUAUGGGGUUGCCCAGGCCAGCAUUUUUGAUGAGUUGGAGACGGAGGAUUGGCAAGGAGGAUGAAUCUUUGUUUUUCACUGGUUGUGAGGAUGCUGGACUAGAAGUUAAGCAUCUUGGAUCCCGUGUAUACUGCAUCAAACCCAAAGAUCUCUAGUCAAAAAACCAAGCAGAGCCAAAUACAUCUUGAGAAGUUGAUUAAUUAACAGGGAGGCUAUUGUCAAAUUUGCUGGCAGAUUUCUCCUGAAGGCCUCUAAGCUCUUGAGAUAUGCUCCUAGGAGGUAUAAAUGAAGCAAUGCCAUAAGAGGUUCCUUGCUAUGCUCCCUGAGCACACAAUGCAUAAGGUGCUGUAUUAACAACUUAUGUUCGAUGCUCUUCAUCGGAUCCGGGUAGAGACCAAAGGUCUUGAGCAACCGAUCCGGGAGAACAACUCAAAAGAUAAAGAAGUAUUGUUAAUUUCUUCAUGCUCGUUCCAAGUUUGGAUAAGUGUUCUAAUGAAAUGCUUAGAAAGUUUUGUAUUCUUUCUUGCGCCAAGAUUGUGUUUUCUUAAUUUUGCAUCUGUCAUGCUUGUCUCGGUAAUAGGUGCCACAGAAUGCUGGUUUCAGAUUUAGCCGUUUAGGCAUGCAUGGCUAUCAAAAUAUUGCUCUAGCACCAGAUAUGGCCAUGGUGCUCCGUUUGAUUCUUA